UUUGCAGAAGAAAACAAAAUGGAAGGGUAGUAUAUACGGGAACUCGCGGCUCAAGAACACCGACACGAGCUACCAAACCGAACUACUUAGGAAAGAUCGAAUUCCAAACGGCUGUCGCAUUCAGAUUCGAAUCGUAACCCGCGAUAGUAAACGUCCUAGACAAUGGCGACGGUCGGAGUGGAAACCAAGCAACCUGAGUCCACGGUGACGGCUGCGGAGGAGACGUGCUCGGCCAAGCCGUCGAAGCAAGGCGAGGGGCUCAGGCAGUACUACCUUCAGCACAUCCACGAGCUCCAGCUCCAGGUCCGACAAAAGACCCACAAUCUCAACCGCCUCGAGGCCCAGCGCAACGAGCUCAAUUCGAGAGUGAGGAUGCUUAGGGAAGAACUGCAGUUACUCCAAGAACCUGGAUCAUAUGUCGGUGAAGUUGUCAAAGUAAUGGGGAAGAAUAAGGUUUUAGUUAAGGUUCAUCCUGAAGGGAAAUAUGUCGUUGACAUUGAUAAAAAUAUUGAUAUCACAAAGAUCACUCCAUCAACUAGAGUUGCUCUCCGUAAUGACAGCUAUGUUCUUCAUUUAAUCUUGCCAAGCAAAGUCGAUCCAUUGGUCAACCUUAUGAAAGUUGAAAAAGUUCCCGAUUCUACAUAUGAUAUGAUUGGUGGUCUUGACCAGCAAAUUAAAGAGAUAAAGGAGGUGAUCGAGCUUCCAAUUAAACAUCCUGAAUUGUUUGAGAGUCUUGGAAUAGCUCAACCGAAGGGUGUUCUGUUGUAUGGGCCACCUGGUACGGGGAAAACACUGUUGGCUAGAGCAGUGGCCCAUCAUACCGAUUGUACUUUCAUCAGAGUUUCUGGUUCUGAAUUAGUUCAGAAGUACAUUGGAGAAGGUUCCAGAAUGGUUAGGGAACUCUUUGUUAUGGCCAGAGAACAUGCUCCAUCUAUCAUAUUUAUGGAUGAAAUUGACAGUAUUGGAUCUGCUCGAAUGGAAUCUGGUAGUGGCAAUGGUGACAGUGAAGUGCAGCGAACUAUGCUGGAGCUUCUCAACCAGCUGGAUGGAUUUGAAGCAUCAAACAAGAUCAAGGUGUUGAUGGCCACCAAUCGGAUUGAUAUUCUCGAUCAAGCCCUUCUUAGGCCAGGGCGAAUCGACAGGAAGAUUGAAUUCCCUAAUCCUAAUGCGGAGUCUCGUUUGGAUAUAUUAAAAAUACAUUCAAGAAGAAUGAAUUUAAUGCGUGGAAUUGAUUUGAAGAAAAUAGCAGAGAAGAUGAAUGGUGCAUCUGGUGCAGAGCUUAAGGCUGUGUGCACGGAAGCUGGGAUGUUUGCUCUAAGGGAGAGGAGGGUUCAUGUAACACAGGAAGAUUUUGAAAUGGCAGUGGCGAAGGUAAUGAAGAAGGAAACUGAGAAAAACAUGUCGCUGCGGAAGCUGUGGAAGUAGUAGUGGUAUAAUAUGUUCCAUCCUCUCUAUCCCAACCUUCCCUUGAAGCGUUGAGCUGUGGCUUUGUCAUUGACACAAGGCCAGCAGCGAUGUUCUUCCAUGUAUUACGUAUUGUUCUUUGAGCUUGCAUGGAUAUGAAAACAAAAAGACGGUGCCUGCUUUAGUCGUGGAACAUCAGUUCCUCCGGCAUCUUUGUUUAUUUUAUUUGAUUCCAUCUUUUCUGGUAAGAUAUUAUUCUCAAAUGUUCUCCAUGUGCUGCUAAUUUGUGAUAUCUGACUUUAAAGCUCCUUGACAACGAUUGCUACUUGCAAUAGAACAGAAAUGAUAGGCUAAAAAGUUUAGGUUCUUUUAA